AUGUCUUCAUCGCCUUCUUGUUCUUGGCCACUGAGUUUAUUGUUGCUACUACUGUGGUGCAUGGUGGCGAGACAAUCAAACGGAGCUUCCAACAAUGUAAAAGUGGGAACCAUUUCAAAGGUAGAAGAUGCUGAUAAUUUCCAUAUUUAUUAUGGACAAACCUUCAAAGUCAUCAAGAACGCCAUUGAUGGCAAGAGCUAUCUCCUUAUUCAGAACACUUCUAGAAUGGCGGUUCGGACAAAGUACUGUACUUCUAGGAUAAAGUCCUAUGUGAUUCCACUUGUUAAUUACUCAAUAGACACUCAAUCUUCUCAAGGUGGCGUUCCGGUUUCUUUCUUUGAGCUACUUGGAUUACUCGGGAGCUUGAAAGGAAUAACAUCGGAUGCAGUAGCUUCACCGUGUGUUCUGAAACUGUUUGAGGCAGGGGAAGUAGUAAAGCUUGAAAAAGGUGAACAACAAGGGCAGCUUUUGUCUCAAUUCUCAGCGCAUUUCAUCAGCGACACCGAUCAACCUCAAACUUGCAAUUUUGCAAACUUUUUUCCACUCAGCGAAGGCACACCUCUUCAGCGCGCGGAAUGGAUCAAGUUUCUUGGAGCUUUUACCAAUCUUGAAACUAAAGCCAAUCAAGUCUAUGAAGCGGUCAAAGAAAGCUAUACUUGCUUGUCUCAAAUGGCAGCCAACAAUACCAAAUCCUUCAAACCGAUUGUAGCUUGGAUGGAGUAUGAUUAUAAUGGAGGUGUUUGGUGUUUCACUAAGGAACCACAUAAGCUAAAGUUUGUAGAAGAUGCGGGUGGCGAAAAUAUUGACAAAUCUAUAAACAAGAUCUCUUACAAUGUCUCUGAUCCUGAUGAUUUGGAAGCAAUCCAUGCCAUUUUAUGCACUGUGGAUGCAGUGAUCGAUGAAACACUAUCAUCUGAUCCUCAGAGUUACACACAGCAAACGUUCUUGGGGAACAUAAACCUGGAAGAUAACUCAUGUUUUGCGUUUAAUCAGAGCAUAUGGAGAUAUGACAAAAGAGUCAGCAAUGGAACAACUCUUGAUUGGUACGAUGGAGCUAUUUCUCAACCAAAUCUUGUACUGGCUGACAUUAUUGAAGCCUUGUUUCCAACUGGAAAUUACACAACCUCCUACUUCAGAAACAUUGCCAAGGGUGAAGGAGUCAUAAACAUCAGUUCUAAUAUGUGUGAUAGAGACGCAUCAUUGCCUUUAAUUCCAACCAUUCCAGCUUGUGGAUGA